AUGUCGACUGCCAACAUCGAGACCGUCGCCGCCUCACUGCGCAGCUUCUCUCUCACCGCCGCCGGAGGCAACAGCGGAGACCCAUCGCCACCGAAGGUCGGGGAGAUCACGGUGGACCUCCACUCCAACUCCGCGCUCCCCUGCCACUGGGAACAGCACCUCGACAUGCAGACAGGCGAAAUCCACUACAUCAAUCGCGAGACCGGCGUCAAAACGACGGAAGACCCGCGCAUUGCUCCGGCAUACUCCUCCGACGAGUACAGCUGCCGUUCUGACUACGAGGAGGUGGAGGACGACGACGACGACGAUGACGGCGACAGCGACUCCGGCGACUUCUCCUCCAGCGCGUCCUCUGCUUCCCCUCCCAACACCUCAGCGCCCGCCCAUGUCCUAGUGGCCGCCGGCUGCAAGGGUUGCUUCAUGUACUUCAUGGUCCCCAAGCACGUCGACGCCUGCCCCAAGUGCGGCGGCGGCGGUCUCCUCCACCUCAGCCGCAACGGCUGCAUAUGA